UGCAAUCCUGUCUCCACCUUCUUCCAUUAGUUUCUUUCUCUCUCUAUAAUUGCUUUGAUCGUUAUCCAUGGACUGAAUAUUUACAACAAGAACAAACCAGACGAUCGCUUGUUAUUAGGUCGAUUUUAAUGAUUGGUCAGUGAAGUAUGGGGGGAGCUUGUUCUAGGAAGAGAGAUCAGAGUGUUAAUGAAGAUGGUGAAAAUAGACCUGUAUCUGGGAAGUAUCACAAAAGUAUGAGUUCAAAAUGGUUGAAUACAUCGUUUUCUCGUCUUUCUGUCGAAGGUAAACAAGGAAAGACACAAUGUCCUUCUUUAAUGGAGCUUUGUGUCUACAAGACAUGUGAGAACAUUGAGAAUUACAGUAACUUUGGUGUAAUUCCAAGGGACAUUGCUCAGUUGAUCUUCAACGAAUUGGUACGUACACAAUGUUUAACAGAGGCUUCUCUAGAAUCAUUUCGAGAUUGUGAUCUACAGGACGUGGAUUUGUGUGAAUGCCCUGAGUUGAAUGAUGGGUGGAUGGAUGUUAUCUCAUCGCAGGGGACAUCUUUACUUUUUGUGGAUAUUUCUGGUUCUGAUGUUACAGAUGGAGGAUUGAUGUAUCUUAAAGAAUGCAAAAACCUUCAAGCCUUGAAUUGUAAUUAUUGCGACAACAUUUCAGAUUAUGGUUUAGAGCAUCUCCGUGGUCUAUCAAACUUGACAUCCCUGAGCUUUAGAAGGAACACUCAAAUAACUGCUCAAGGAUUGGCACUCUUGUCUGGUUUGUUGAACCUAACAAAAUUGGAUUUAGAAAGAUGCCCGGGUAUUCAUGGUGGACUUGUUCAUUUAAAAGGGUUAACAAAGCUGGAAUCACUCAAUAUUAAAUGUUGCAAUUGCAUAACUGAUGCUGAUUUGAAGCCUCUCUCAGGACUUGCCAACUUGAAAGAGUUGCAGAUUUCUUUCAGUAGAGUUUCGGACUAUGGCAUCACUUAUUUGCGAGGUCUGCACAAACUUGUUUUAUUAAACAUGGAAGGUUGCCGUGUCACUGCAGCAUGCUUAGAUUCUCUUUCAGCCCUUCCUGCCUUGUCAUAUCUUAAUCUCAGCAGGUGUGGAUUCUCUGAUAAUGGUUGUGAGAAAUUUUCAAGGAUGGUGAAGCUGAAAAUUCUUAAUCUGGGUUUCAAUAGUGUCACGGAUGCCUGCUUGGUUCAUUUGAAAGAUCUAACUAAUUUGGAGAGCUUAAACUUGGAUUCUUGUGGGAUUGGUGAUGAAGGCUUGAUCAACUUAGCAGGCCUCAAUAAAUUGAAAUUCUUGGAAUUGUCUGACACCGAAGUUGGAAGCAGUGGGCUCAACCACAUCUCUGGCUUGACUAAUUUGGAAAGCAUUAAUUUGUCAUUCACUGUCAUUACUGAUGGUGGGCUGAAAAAAUUGUCUGGGUUGUCGUCUCUCAAAUCACUCAAUUUGGAUGCUCGACAAAUUACUGAUGCUGGACUGGCUGCUGUUACAAGCUUGACUGGGUUGACUCAUUUGGAUCUUUUUGGAGCACGCAUUACAGAUUCUGGAACAAACCACCUGCGUAAUUUUAAGAACCUGAAGAGUCUGGAAAUAUGUGGUGGAGGGAUAACAGACGCAGGUGUCAAGAACAUCAAGGAUCUCUCAUCCUUGGUGGUUCUAAAUCUUUCGCAAAACAACAGUCUAACUGAUAAAACUCUCGAGCUGAUUUCUGCAGGUUUGACGCAAUUGGUUACCCUAAAUGUUUCAAAUUGUCGAAUAACAAGUGCUGGACUUCAGCAUUUGAAGACCCUUAAGAACCUGAAAUCAUUGACCCUGGAAUCCUGCAAGGUGACUGCAAAUGACAUAAGGAAGCUUCAAUCAACCCAUCUCCCAAAUCUGGUCAACUUCCGCCCUGAAUAAUUCUUCCCUCGUAACUGCAUUUCUGUAAAUAUCCAAUUGUACAUACUUGCUGUUUCCCAAAAUUCCUUAAAAGGACGACCCCUUUCUGUGCGUGUCGAAUGCUUAUCUUCAUUGUUAGAUAUAAGAUAAUGAAGGAAAAUGUACAUAAUCCUACUUUGUCUCUAUUUGGAAGAUUUUCUGUACAUAUUUGUUUGAAUUGAAUUAUGGUAUCACAAACAAUUGUAAUUAAUCGCCACGACAAGGCUUGUUUAUAUGGUUUCAAACUCUAUUUCA